AGAGAGAGAGAGAGAGAGUGGGAUGCGCAGCAGUUGGUCCUCCGGAGAUGGACACGCCUGAGAAGACCCAGAUCGGCCCUCCUCCCGCAUCCGCCCACGAGGACUCCCCGGUUUUCAACUUCAUCAGAAGUCUCUCGCCUAUCAAGCCAGUGAGAUCCCUACACAUAGCUCAGACUUUCACCUCACUUCCUUUCACAUCCCUUCCCUCAGUUUUCACUUCGCCUCAUGCGAAUUUUAUCAAGGACUCAAGUUUGCUGCGGAGGCAUCAAAGCUUAGAUCCAUCAAAUCCUGAUCAUUCUUCUGGAAACCGAAACAUAGUCUGCCGAAAUGGGGAUUUUACUAAUGGCAUUUCUCAAAGAAGAGACAACUCUGACAAAAAGGUUUCAGUUGAAGUUCGCGCUGAACCAUGCAAGGAACAUUCAGAAUUUGCGACCGAGUUUCCUCAGAACUCGAGGCAUAGCUUCUAUGAUCCGGAAGGUAACAUGACAACUUGUACUGCUGAUGCAGAAUCUGCAGUAGAGACUGCAGGUAUGUCAACCCCCAUUAUAUCGGUGGUUGUGAAAUCUCCUGGGAAACGACUUCCUGGAGGUGAAGGUCAAGAACAGAACAAAGAAUGGCCAAUUGAUCCUAGUGACUUGUUCAUUUUUAGCUCCCCUAAUGAUGCUGAGGCUUUUAGGGAGCUUGUUCAGAGAUCACCUGAUCUUGGAACGGUAUGUUUAAGUUCUCUUAUGUCGAGGUUCACACCGGAGGAUGUCAGUGGUUUUGAGAGACAGCAACAGUUUGAUUUACAGCAUAGGGAACAACAACAAAUAGAAGAACCCCCAUAUCUGACUGAAGAAGCCUACGGGCAAAAGGAAGCGAUGAAGAAUAUUGAUGUCCAUAAUCUGGAUAAGUUUUUGGAUAAGUAUAUGUCAAUCGAGCUGGACAAGAAUUUGCACAAUGAUGCAGGAACACGCGUGUCAUUUGAUUACGCGCCUGUCCCUAAUUUUCAUCGGGGCAUGAGGAGGCGUUGUCUGGACUUUGAGAUUGCUGAACUUCGUAAGCUCUCUGGUGACGAUUUAGAUUAUAGUCACCUGGCAUCAUCUCAACAUGAUGAAAACACUCUUGUGAACGAAGGGCAGCUUCCUGUUAAAAGUGAAGGUGAUCCAUUGAGGUGCGCGUUGCCUGGAAUCGGUCUGCACCUAAAUGCUCUGGCGACCACUUCAAACGACUACCAAAGUGUAGAGCACGGAAAUUUGUUGAGUGAGAAUCAGUUGAUGAACACGCAAAUCUCUUCUAGCUCCUUGAAUCUCCCCAAUUCCCAUCAAUGUCUUCACGAACCUUUGACUUCAGUCGCUUCUGAGGACAUAGGGUCUACCGAUAAUGGAGUCCUAGUUGUACAAGAUGGUUCGCAAUCAUGUGCAUAUCCUGAUGGUGAAGAUCUUGACCACAACAGUCCUCAGAAAAAGAGGCGCAAAGCAGAACAUUCUGAAGAUGGGGCCUGCAAACGCUGCAACUGCAAGAAAUCAAAAUGUCUGAAGCUUUACUGUGAAUGCUUUGCUGCUGGUGUCUACUGCAUCGAGCCGUGCGCAUGCCUAGACUGCCUCAAUAAGCCUAUUCACGAAGAAACUGUUCUUGCAACUCGCAAACAGAUCGAGUCCCGCAACCCACUUGCAUUUGCUCCAAAAGUUAUUAGAGCUUCCGACUCUUUUCCCGAUACCGGGGACGAUUCCAAUAAAACCCCUGCUUCAGCACGGCAUAAGAGGGGAUGCAACUGCAAGAAAUCUAGUUGCCUGAAGAAGUAUUGUGAAUGCUAUCAGGGUGGAGUCGGAUGCUCCGUCAACUGCAGAUGUGAAGGUUGUAAAAAUUCAUUCGGUAGAAAAGACGGUGAGUGGAUUAGGUCUCCCUCUGAAUCUUUGGAUCUUGCCAGAUCUACUCUAAUUGGUGUGGAGGCCGAAGUAAUUCAAGAAGGGAAGGAAAAUUUCGAAAAAAGCGUGGGGAACAAAGGUUCUCUGGAAAUCACGAAACAGAGGGACCCAAUUCAAGCGACACCAUCUGCAUAUUACGGACCAUCAAUUCAGACUGCAUAUUCAGCGAAGAAUGAACCCCCACGAUCCUCAUCUUUCGUCACCACCAGCUCCUCUUCAGUACUUCAUGCGAGUCAAAAUAAGGGGAAACUUGAACAUUUUGCCCCGCAGCCCAAGGUUGAGAAGCAUUACGGCAAUAGUAAUAAUCAUAAUGUUGGCGGCAAGAUGCCAGAGGUGCUCCAAAGCAACGACACUCCGAACGCAGUAAUCAAGACUGGUUCUCCCAAUGGCAAGAGGGUUUCUCCGCCGCAUAGCGACUUUGGUUCCUCCCCUCCACUAAGGAGUGGGCGGAGAUUGAUUUUGAAAUCUAUACCUUCUUUUCCUUCUCUCACCCAGCAUUGAAACGGUGAGAGUGACUUGUAACAGUUGGUAAGUGGCCUUGUUUGUGGUAGUUGUAUGCUUUAUAGGUCCUGCUGUUGUAUCAUAGAAUCUUUUCCUUUGCCCAUAAAAGCUACCUUGAGAAAUUAGAUAAAUUUUUUAAUCGUUGUCUUGCA